UGCCGCCACCACCAAAAUGGCGCCGGCCAUAAUGCCGCCACCGCCAAAAUGGCACCGGCCAUGAUGCCACCACCAUCGCCGGGUGCACCGCCUUCGCCACCGUGGAUGACGCCAGCAAUGGAUCCUGUGUCACCCAAGGUGGAACUGCCAAAGAAUAACGUGCCACAGCCCACGAAUCCAUUAAAGAGCAUCAAAUGGUCCAAGCUGCCGGAUGCCAAGCUCCAGGGCACCGUCGGGAGCGAGCUUGACGAGAGCAAGCUGUAUAACAUGGAUUUGGAGUCGAUAAACAAGCUCUUGUCGGCUUAUCAAAAGAAUGGGGUAUCGGCCACCGAUAGCUCCGAUGAGGAUCGAUUCCCCACUACGAGUAAAGGCUGA